AGUAUCUUUACUUAUCCCUAUAUAUUUAUGGGUAUAUAUGGGCACACUUCUCCCAAGAUUAGGUUCUACAGUCCUUAAAUGUUUGAGGAGUGGGUCAGGAACCCCAAAACUUUGAAACUCUAAAUUGAGGAGUGUAUCCAUGGCAUGAGACAAGGCUGUGUUCUCUCUCUCUUCCUCUCUCUCUCUCUCUCUCUCUCUCUCUGGGAAGCAGCGAUCCGGCUCCUCGCUCACUAUCCAUCUUGGCGCGGGCGUUGGUGACACCUGCUGGAUCUCCUUUCGCUUUCUCUUUGCUCCGAUUUCUUUGAGGGGAAGAGGCGUCCGGAAUGGGAUCCUGAGGUGGAAAAAAAAAAGCCAGCCCUUUUCGCUCUUCUUGUCCCAGCAGCUGAUCCCUGCCUCCAACAGGGCUUAUAAGCAGAACAAUAACCGUCUUCUUUCCCCAUGUGAGCAAAACUGGUCCUUCCAGUAAGGGAGAACUCAGGGACGCUUGACAUCUCCUCAGAGCUUCCCGCCUCUUUUUAUCUUGACCGUCUCGCUCCCUCUCCCUCCCUCUCCAUUAAACCCUGUUUCUCCCUCCGGGGAGGUCUUGGCAAACCCGGUGUUUCAACCUCUGCCCUUCUCUUUGCGCUCCAGCCUCGCCAGGCGCCUUCGGGAGGCGGCAGGUGUCCGCGUUGCCCACCAGCGGCGGCAGAGGCGGCGGCGGCGGCAGCGGCGAGGCUCCGGUGAAGGCAGCCGAUGCUCCGGGCCCGGCGGCGGGAUCGGCGGUUGAACCCGACGGAGCCAGGGCCCUGUCAUGAAGAAACAGGGCGUGGACAACCUGGCUUUCGAGCCCCCCAGCCCGGAUCGGGCCGUGAAGCCCCAGCAAAGCCCGGCGGUGGCGGCCUCCUCCUCGGCCGGCGGCGGCGGCGGCGGCGGCUUCAUGACCUCGUCGCCCAGUUUUGACCCAGGCGAGGAACUCUGCGGGUUUGGCGGGUUCGCGCCGCCGGCCCUGCAGAUCUGCAACAACGCCAAAGGCUACUUGGUCUUUUACAGCCUCCUUUCCAUCUUUCAAGGCAUUGUGGUAAAUGGAUUAAUCAAUGUCAGCAUUUCUUCCAUUGAGAAGCGUUAUGAUUUGAACAGUUCCCUCACUGGUGUAAUUUCCGCUGGCUAUGACAUUUCAUUUUGUCUGUUAUGCCUUUUUAUAUCAUUCUAUGGUGAAAGAGGUCACAAACCAAGAUGGCUUGCAUUUGCAUCUUUCCUGAUAGCAGCAGGAUCACUUGUGUUUUCCCUGCCACAUUUUACAAGUGGAAUGUACACAUAUGGAGAAAAAUUGGAUGAUGUCUGCCCUGUACCAUCUUCUGCAAUUCCUAAUGCCACAUGUGGUACUAAUUUAAGAUCCAAACAAUCCAACUACUUCUAUGUCUUCAUGUUGGGGCAACUGCUCUUGGGAGCAGGUGGAACUCCCCUUUAUACUCUGGGAACAGCUUUCAUUGAUGACAGUGUCCCAAAACACAAAGCUUCAGUCUAUAUAGGAAUUGGUUACGCCAUGUCAUUGAUGGGCCCUGCCAUUGGCUACGUACUAGGGGGACAGCUGCUUAAUGUCUAUGUUGAUUUCAAUCGUCAAGUAAGCAUAGACAUCACUCCCAAAGAUCCACGUUGGGUUGGAGCUUGGUGGAUAGCGUUUGUUAUAUGCAGCUUCACUACUUGCCUUUUGGUGGCACCAUUUUCAUAUUUUCCAAAGCAGUUGCCAGGGACACACAGAAUAAGAGCUGAAAAGAUUUCUGAAGCACAUCAUAGUGGAGAAGGCCCAGUGCAUGGAUAUUCUGGGAGGAGUAUGAAAGAUUUUAUACUGACUCUCUGGCUACUGCUCAGGAAUCCUGUGUUGAUGUGUCUUGUAGCAGCGGCUGCAUUAGAAGCUUUGGUUGCCACUGGUUUCGCAACCUUCUUGCCCAAAUUUAUAGAAAACCAGUUUGGAUAUACAUCUAGUUAUUCAGCUACCUUAGGGGGACUUGUACUAGUCCCAGGAGCAGCAAUAGGCCAGAUAAUAAGUGGCAUCCUGAUUUCCAAGCUUAAAAUGCAUUGCAAAAAUAUAAUCAAGUUUAUUCUCCUGACAUGUACAGUGGCACUCUUAUUAAACCUGGUGUUUGUGUUUGCCAAAUGUGGGAAUGAACCAUUUGCUGGUGUUUCUGAAACAUAUAACGGAACAAGCACAUUAUCAAACUUAAAUGCACCCUGCAAUGCCCAUUGUAGAUGCCUACGUUCAGAGUUUUUGCCAGUCUGUGGUGCAGAUCAAAUCCAGUAUUUUUCUCCUUGUUAUGCAGGAUGCACCACUGCUAUUGUUCAAAAAGACACAAAGGUGUACAGCAACUGUUCCUGUGUUACAGAAUCCACUGUUGUAAUUGAGAAUACCAUCAAGGGGGCCAUUUCCGGGAAGUGUCAAUCAAAGUGUACAGUCCUGCCUUGGUUCCUCAGCUUCUUCUUUUUAGCUGUUGUUUUUACUUUUAUGGCAGUUACCCCAACAACUGUGGCCAUUCUCAGGUGUGUACCAGAAAGGCACCGCUCAUUUGCUCUAGGUGUUCACAUGCUGUUUCUACGAAUUUUAGGUACUAUACCUGGACCCAUCCUGUUUGGUGUUGCAAUAGACAGUACAUGCACUUUGUGGUCUGUGGACAAAUGUGGAAUUAGAGGAGCAUGUUGGACCUAUAAUAACAGCAAAAUGGCCAUUAUGUUAAUGGCUAUAAGUGCGUGUUCCAAAGCGGUUUCUAUAGUUUUCACUUUUACAUCGUAUUUCUUGUAUAAGCCUCCACCAACCCCACCUACAGUUUCACAGAGCAAAGAGGAAACAGAGAUCUCUGCACAACUUUAACACGAUGAAGAACAAAAUAGGCCAGCGAAACUCACAGAAAAAAACAAAACCUAAGGCUGAAGUGACAGCUAUAUCAGAGCACAUCACAGCAGCUGGAGUUACCGAACGUGAAUGAUCUCGGACCACUGAAGCAGCUGUUUCAGUUUAAAAAAUAAACACAGCUUUUAAGGUAUAUUUCAGUCAUAGAAAACCAUUUUUGAUUUGGGGAAACACGUUGCACUUUAAAAAGAACAGCAUUUGAUCAACGGAUCAAGCGUUUGGAAACAUUUUAAUGCCUCAAUCCCCUGAUUCAGGUACUGUGUUGUUUCUUGUGCAAUUCUUUGUGGGAAAACAUGUGAUUGACAGUUACUUAUUGGGCAUAUACUGCUCCUGGUCUGGCCAUCAUGGCAACAUCAUGCUGAUGUAUCUGUGAAAGCCUCCAUUCAUAAGCCCAUCUGUUGCUUAUUUAUCUCUUGAGUGUCUGAGGUGUGGCUUCUCAGUGGGCCACAAGGAACAGGAAGUGCUCAUUUUAACUUAUUUCAAAUUCUCAUAACAGUUUGUACAAGCCAGGAAGAGGUAUGCAACAGAAUCUCCUGCUGGUUAACCACAAGUUCAGUGUACACUGCAAAUCUAUUCCUGACAAUUUCUCAAGAGAGACGUGUGGCUUAUUGUUUGCCAGGCUUGUCCAAUGACAAAAGGGAAUGCCUUUGUUCAGACUUCAUUAAAAUUUCUGUACUUUGAAUUGAUAGAAAUGGUACAAUUACAGGAUAAAAUGUGCUUCUUUGGGUUUCAUGUUUAAAAGACAUUCUAGAGGGUCACUGAUAUUUUUGAAUCCUGCAUUUGGAGUCAAUUCAUCUGCAAGGAAUCUACAAAGUGCCUCAUGUUCACUGUGGUGUGAUAAGAGGCAUUCUUCGAAAAACCCCAACCCACCUAUGGUCACCGUAAGACUACCGACUCAAAACUGAAAUCUCUUCUGGAGAAUAUAAUAAUCUCAUUGCAAUAUUUCAGACCAUGGUGCUGCUGUUUUGUCAACCCCCGAAACCAUAUUAAACUCAGUCCAGGAAAUCGAUCAACAUUUUACCAACUAUUUUAACUUGAAAACUGGAAGCAACUCAACAAUCCUGCACAUUUUACAUGUGUAAUAUAAAAAGUUUGGUGAAAGUGAUAAUCUCAGAUGAUAUUUGUGAAGUGUCCAAACAUUCAGGAGGUACUCUGUGAAUGUAGAUAGUCACCAGAUGUGGCUGAUAACAUCCUCAAUUUCAUAAAGUUAUAUCUGAUAAACAGAAAUAGGAUAUAGGUAUGUCUUUGUAAACAAUCAAACAAAAAUCAGCUAAAACUAAUUUCUUAGUAUUUAAGAAAUUAGUAUUUAAGAACUGGUGCCAACAUUCAUCUAGUUCCAGGUAUUCCUGUGAUAUGCACAUGCUCACUGCUAGUCCCAUCAAAUGGUGAUGGGUGUGUUUAACAUGUUUAUUAAAAGUACUGCAUACGGGAUGUGGAGGUUAACUUAUGCCAUCUUUCACAUCUUCCUCCCCUUUUUUUCUUUUUCUUUAAAGCUCAGAAAGAGCUUCCUUAUUUAUAAAGAAUCUUGUUCUCCACGGGUCAGAUAUUACUGUUUUGAUUUAUGGACCAAAGAGGAUGGUAUGGCACCAGCUUUUCUCAGUACUCCUUACCUGCAUAUUAUCUGGCAAAAGCAGGCAAAGGUAAUUUUUUAAGACACCU